AUGUCAGAGCGACAUUCCUUACGCGCUCUUUCUGAUGGGUAUGUGGUGGUUGAAGAACCAGCACCGGAGACCAUCAAUGAUCCCACUCGUGUGACAUCUACCUCCAAGAAUCGUUUGAAUGCUAGUCCCAAUGAUGUCCCUGUAGAAAAUCUACAGAAACUUCGAGACUGGUUAUGCCCAACCAAUUACGAUGCUAACUCUUCGGAUCUUAGAAAACAUCUUGCUGCUCGCACCGAUGGGACGUGCCACUGGCUUCGAACGUGUGUUGAGUUUCAACAAUGGUACCAUUCUUCAACCACGAUCCUUCUCUGGAUAGAAGGCGUUCCAGGGGCUGGGAAAUCAGUUUUGUGCAGCCAUCAUAUCGAAUAUCUCCAAAAUAAUGACUCCGGACCGGUGUUGUACUUCUUCUUUCGAAGAACAAUCAAUGCCAACAAGACCCCGAUUGCCAUGGUUCGUGACUGGGCCUGUCAACUCCUGCCACACUCAACUUCGCUUGCAAGGGGACUGCACAACGAGAUGGUCCGUCAUCCUACCGUCACCACCGUGCCGUUUCAGACUCUAUGGGACCUUUUCAUCAUCGGGAUUGCCAACACGCCGAAAGCUUAUUGUAUCAUUGAUGCACUGGAUGAGUUGGAACCUGGAAGUGAGUAUCUAUAUCAAAAGCUCAACGGUUUGGUGCUCCUUAACCCGGCCAAAACCAAGGUCAUGGUGACUACAAGACAAUUGGAUUAUGCGGAGUGCUUAUAUACGGGGAUCCCAUACGCAAAGAUCAGACUGAGGCCCCAAAACACCGAUAGAGAUAUUGCCGCCUUCGUGCAAUGUCGGUCAUCAUCCUUUGAUUUCUUGAAACGGGACGGUGACACUCGGAGACAACUCUGUCGUACCGUAUGCACUCUUAGCCGUGGAUUGUUCCUGUAUGCCAAACUUGCAAUCGCUGAGUUGCGAGAGAAAGCAGAGAACCUGGGAAAAGACUGGUUGAUCUCAUCGUUGUCUGACAUACCGAAAGGAAUUGAAAACAUGUAUGCAUCAAUCUUGAAUGAACAGCGACUUCGAACAGGAGUUUCGUUGCAGGAUCAACUGGCCAUCCUUACCUGGGUUACUCAUGUAAUUCGGCCACUCCGACCGCCAGAACUUGCUGCUAUGCUGACUAUGCAAUAUGCCGAGCGAGCUGAGAGAAAAUAUCAAUUCAAUAUGAAGGAUACGGUAAAGCGGGCAUGUGGUCCUCUCCUCGAGACACUGCCAGACGGGACGAUUCAAGUCAUUCAUUAUUCACUAACAGAAUACCUUACGGAUCAGAAACGGGCCUUGGAGCUCUCACAUACAUAUUCGACGUUCCCCGUUAUUGACAGUUCCCGAGCACACCUCGACAUAGCCAGCACGUGCAUCAGGUUUCUCUCGUUGGACUGUUUCCUCCCAAUCUGGAUACCGCACGACAUUCGCGAAACCUCUAAACACGCACGGAGGACUAGGUCUCGACAAUUCUCCUUUCUAGAAUACACUGCAACGAAUUGCUUUAAGCAUGCUCGACUUUGUGAGCCCCAUCAAAAUGAAUUGUUCAGCCUCCUAGAUGCCUUCAUGCUUCCCAAUCCUGAUCUUCUUCGGAAUUGGCUUGCUCUUUACAGGCUCCACCACCAGAGUUGUGUACCCUCCCGCUUCGGGAUUAAGAUCACAGGAAGCCUUAAUACACUCGGGCCUCUUCACACAGCAGCUCUGCUUGGUUUGACUUCGUAUGCCGCAUAUUUGCUGGGAACAAACAGAUUCUUGGCUCUUGAUGAAGCUGAUGAAUGGCGUACACCGCUUUCAUAUGCGGCCGAUGAAGGUCAUGUCACCACCGUUGACCUUCUCCUUAAGCACUCUUCUGUUAAUGUCCAUUCCAAUAUUGACCAAGAUCCCUUCGACUAUGCAUGCCUAGCUGGACAUGUUGACGUGGUGAAGUUACUGCUAUCAGCUGGAGCUGACCCACAUUUACCGACUCUAAGAUGUGGUCGACAGGAUUGUGCCUGCCUAUCUCGAGGUGACCGCUUUUUCCCACGGUCUCCGAGUCGCUCUUAUGACAUGGUAAUCAAAAAUGGACAUACCCAAGUCAUCAGAGAGUUGGCGAGUCAUCCAUGGCAGGUUCUGAGGUAUGGAAACGCCAAUGACACAUUUCUCCACGCAGCCGCACGAUAUGGACGUCUAGACAUUGUCACAUUCUUGCUGGAAGACGGCCGAACACCAACUGACUCCAGGAAUUCCUUAGGGUUCACACCACUUUAUGAAGCCGCCUACUAUUGGGAGUCAGCCAUUGUGAAAGUUCUCCUGGCACUUGGUGCGUGUGUGAACGAUACUCCUACAGAUUUACCUUAUGACUUAGAUGAUGUGUUUGCCCCCAUUCCAUCAUGUGGAGCAACAUUACUCCAUGCACUUACAAGUACCUUGAAAGGUUCAGAGGAUGAAGAAAAAGAUGGAGUUAAAAUUGCUGAGGUCAGUCAGCUUAUAGCAGAUCUGGUGGGUGCUGGAGCAGAUGCAAAUGCUCGUGACCCAAGCGGGAAAACGCCACUCCAUCAUGCAUCCAUGAAACCAUCUUGCAGAUAUCUGGUGAAAGUAUUACUUGAAGCUGGAGCAGACCUCGCAGCAGCUGACAACCUUGGGAACCAACCAUUGCAUGUUGCGUGCCCUGAGGUGAUGCCUUUGCUUAUAGCUGCCGGCGCAGAUCCAAAUGCUCGCCGCAAUGACGGUCAGACUCCACUACACCUGAGGGUAGCGAAAGAGUUAGGGUAUGGGUACUCAAAAACAAUAGAAAUGUUGCUCGACGCUGGAGCAGAUGUCGACUUACAGGAUGGCGAGGGUAAUACGUCUUUGAUGAUGAAUCGGAGAGUUCAGAAACCGGCACUGUAUGGCCAGCUCUUUUCCAGAGCAGUAAGGCUAAACACAAAGAACUACUACAAGGACGGGUUGUUGCACGUGUUGCACGAGACAGUAUUUUUGGAGUACUCGUCCACCAUCGAAGAUUGGCUGAGGGCAGGAGUUCUUAACCUGAACGACCAAAACGAAGACGGAGAGACAGCCCUUUUUGUCAGUACUAUGAUGGGCCAUACACGGAAAGCCGAGUUGCUUCUAGAACAUGGCGCAGACCCGCAAGUCAAGAUGUCGCGUGGAAGAUCUGUUUUACACGCGAUUGCGGCAAAUUUUUCAAAACUUCCCUGCAGCUACUCGUGGCGUCUCUCGAUAGGACUAUCGUAUAAAUUUGACUUACUCAACCGUUUCUUGGAGGCGGGGCUUGAUGUGUCUGCACUCAGUCUUGAAGGGGAUACUGCGUUGAUGGAAUUGGCUAGAAGCGGUUGGUCCGAAGCAAAAUAUCUUUUGCGUGGGUGCGAAACUGAUUAUCACGUUAAAGCGAUCCGUCUCCUAGCAGAACGUGGAACACCACUGUCGACCAAGAAUACCGCCGGGCAAACAUGCUUGCAUUUGGCAGCUUCUAGCAUCACUGAAUUUCAUCCAAGUUGGUAUUCGAGAGCGAGGCGGAAGCAACUCCCUUUGCAUGCUUUCUUGGAGUUUGGUCUAAAUGUCGAUGCACAAGACGAUAAUGGGAACACCCCACUACAUUCCGCUGCUGUUGUCAAUGCAUCGACUGGCCGCAAUGCAGAAUAUCAUAUCUCAGCACUCCUUGAAAAUCGGGCAAAUCCUGGGAUAGUCAACAACGAUGGCAAAACGCCGCUUCACAUGGCUGCAGAAUCCGGACAAUGCGGGGCUAUCGACGUCUUGCUUGACCGGAUGUGGGCGAACACAGCACGAGAUCAGCACGAUCGGUUUGGUAACACGGCUCUCCAUUAUGCAGUGCUGGCUGGCAAGCUUGUAGCAGUACGAAGUCUUCUGCGAGCUUGUGCUAACCAUUCGUUGAGGAACAAGAAUGGAGAUACAGCUCUAGAUAUCGCCAGAAAGGAUUCUGGUGAGGAAUAUUGCAAAACCCCAGAGAUAAUUGCUGUGUUGCAAGAAAAUGAAACUCGUGACCACAGUGGCCAGAGACAUGAGAAUGACGAAGGUUUUUACAGGUGUGAAUCGAUCGCUUACUUGCUUCAAGCUGGAGCAGACGUCGAGGCGUUGGACGAAAAUGGUGCAACAGCGUUUGAAACAGCGGUGCAUUGUGGCGACAUGGAGAUGGCUCGAAUGCUCCUCGCUCAUGGCGCGCAGAUCAAGAAUGGCUGGCACAAUCCACUGUACGCUGCACUCGAGACACAAGACCGGCAUAUCGAUAUGAUCGAUUUGCUGAUACAAGAGGGUGCUAGAGCAGAUGAAGGACCGGUUGCACAACAGGCAGUUCAGUGCGGCGAGCAUAGAUCUGUGUUGCGGUCCAUUCUCAAAGACCAAGCUCGUGAAGGGAGUUCUGAGAUACUCAAUUUACUGCUGUCGCACGGCGCAGAUAUCAACGAGACGGAUGACGAGGGAUGUCCACUCAUCCAUUGGGUUGCUCGAGUGCGCGGAGAUCUUUCACUCCUCUUGAAGGCAAGUCCCGAUCUUGAGAAGAUCGACGGCGAGGGUCGCACUGCUCUUCUGGUUGUUUGUGCUCAUAACCGACAAAACAAGUUAUCAAACAUCCGUGAGUUAAUAGCAGCAGGGUCCAAUGCUACGGUGUCGGAUAGCUUUGGCAAUAACGCGAUCCACCUGGUACUGGGUAACACAUUUAGCUCGGCUGGAUACGAUCCAGAAAUUGGCGCCAUAGUUCAAGAGCUCCUUGAGGCCAGCUGCCCUCCAUUUGGCCCGGACCAGGAUGGAUAUACUCCUUUAUACAAGGCAUUGCGAAACGGUCACUUUCCCCUUGCUGCUAAGCUUGUUGAAGCCGGGGCAGAUAUGAGCUGCCCAGGCCCAUUGGGUGACAAUGCUCUCCAUCACCUAGCGCGGUUCAUAAGUCGAUACCCUCCAGGUCGGCGGGUGGACCCACCACGGCCAACAUUCAUGCCACGGUUCUUGCAGGCUGGGGCGGAUAUGAACGGUGGGAAUCUCGAAGGAGAGACACCGUUAUUCUACGCAGUCGAAUCCGAGUUCACCAAGGAGCAUUUUCAACUGUACAUUGACUCGGGUGCAGACAUUAGAGUGGUGAACAAGAAAGGACAGGGUCUCUUGCAUGCCAUCGCCCAGGGCUGCACGGGCAAACCAUAUUACGAGCAAUACUACUAUAUUCGUAAAAUCUUUGGGGACCGCGGCGAAGAAGUCCAAGCUAGCAAGUUCAAGUUGCUGCUAGACGCGGGCUUGGAUCCUUACUUGGAGGAUCACGACCAUCGUACGCCGUUGGACGACGCUGCUGCGAGUGGCUAUGAUUCUAUUCUGAGGUUCUUUUCCGAGUAG